ACUGCGCAUCAUUGUGACAGUGGCGGGCGAGCCAGACCCAAAAGAAAGAACUUGGUUCAAAGACUGACAAGAAGAAAAGGAUGAACAGGGAGUCCUUCGGUUGAACUCUCUCCUGCUUGGCCCUAUUUUGUCAAGCAGAAGGAAAGGAUUUUUGUACCGCAGAAGAAAGCUGCCGAUAAUAUCGCGCCAUCACCGCUAGCCCCACUAGUGCGCAUGCACUCGAUCCUCAGGUCCAGCCUAUCCUCCCGAGAAGCUCUACGCAUGCGCCAGCUCAAGGGUCUUCGUAAGGAGAGACCCGGGCGCCAUCCACUCGGAGUGCGCUUGCGUGAGUACAAGAGCCUGAGAGGGCGGGACUUGCAGGAGGCCGGCUCAUUUGCAUUUCUGGCGGGAAAAGGCGCGUGUGAACACGCCUCUUCCGUGACAUUCGCAACCGCCGUUCGUCGCUGGUGUCCCUCAACUGAGUCCCGACUCCAGACCCAAGCAGGCUCGGACUCAAAGAAGCCACAGCCACACAGGUCAAAUCUGCAGCCUGUGGGAAUGGACUGGAACCUGGCAGGAAGCUAGGACAUGGGCCACAGAGAACAAGGAGCUAUCUGGACAUCCUUUCUUUUCCCCAACCCUCCUCACAGUGGAGGGAAGCUGAGAGCUUCGACAGCAGCUGUAGAGGAGCAUCAGGAGUGGUCCAUGGACCUGCCGGAGGGCCAGGCUGGUGGUCCAACUGCACAGAUGUACCUCUGGGAACAGCCCGAGGAAGCGAGUUCAAGGCCACUGCUCAGCCUAGAGGAACAGAUCCUUAACUCCACAUUUGAAGCCUGUGACCCUCACAAGACAGGCACUGUGACUGUGGCCCACCUCCUGGCCUACCUGGAGGCUGUGACAGGACAGGGACCUCAGGAUGUGCGCCUCCAAACACUGGCCCGGAGCUUGGACCCUUAUGGAGAGGGUGCUGGAGCCACUGUGGAACUGGACACCUUUCUGGUGGUCAUGCGGGACUGGAUUGCUGCCUGUCAGCUGCAGGGGGGAUUAGAGCGGGCAGAGGAGACCGCCUACGAGGGAGCCCUGGCUUCUCCACACCUGCCAUCUGUGUGCCCAGAAGCUGAGGAGUCAGCCAACUUAGAGAGCUUUGGAGGAGAAGACCCCAGGCCCGAGGGGCCUGCCACAGCUGAGCUGCUGAGCAACCUGGAGGACCUAGAGCUAAGCAACCGGCGUCUUGCUGGUGAGAAUGCCAAGCUACAACGCAGUGUGGAGACUGCGGAGGAGGGCUCUGCACGCCUAGGGGAGGAGAUCACAGCCCUGCGCAAGCAGCUGCGAAGUACCCAGCAGGCCCUGCAGGUGGCCAAGGCUUUGGAUGAGGAGCUAGAGGACCUGAAGACUCUGGCCAAGAGCCUAGAGGAGCAGAAUCGCAGUCUGAUGGCCCAGGCCCGGCACACAGAGAAGGAGCAGCAGCACCUGGCGGCUGAGGUAGAGACGCUACAGGAGGAGGUGGACAGGUGUUGACACAGCACUCCCAGCUGUCCUUCCUCUGCCCUUCACCCAGCAGCCCGAGCUGCUGAGAUGAAUGACGCACUGGUGACCGGGAGCAGGGAUGGGGCUAGAUACCAAAGAGCUACUGGCCUCGUCUCCUGGGCUCUGGAGGAGGAUGUGGCUUGCUAGACUUCAGGUGCCUGGAACCUUGGACUUGGAAUUGUCAUAUUCAUUUGUUUGUUUGUUUGCUCAUUUGUUUGUUUAAGACAGGUCUUCUCUGUGUAACCCUGGCUGUCCUGGAACUUGCUCUAUAGAUCAGGCUGGCCUCGAACUCAGAGGUUUGCCUGCCUCUGCCUUCUGAGUGCUGGCAUUAAAGGCAUGUGCCACCACUGCCCAGCUUUGUUUUUGUUUUUUAAGAUGAGGUCUUGUUAUAUAGCCCAGGCUGGCCUGGUAUUAAAAGUUAUCCUCCUACAUCAGCUUGCCUGGUGCUGAGAUGACAGCUGCAUUUCCUCACACCCAGCUUCGGUCACACUGGAGAGCUGUUGUGGAUGCCUUUUCCUGACCUCAGUGUCUCCCCUGGGGAGGCUCAGCCCAGGCACCACCUCCUAACCAAGCCCUGUGGCUGUUCUACCACCCAGCUUGAGUCUCUCAGUGAGCCUUGGGCUUAGUGUAAUCUGUGUCUUCCUUGUUCCACUUCUGGUCCCUGUGCACCUUGUGCAUACAACACCACCACUUCUCACGAGGCUUUUGUCACCCAGAGUUUUAUCUGCGCCCCCCCAGAGGCUGAGUGUUAGAGGUGGGACUGGGCAUCACACAGAUGGGGCAGCCUUGCCAAGUCUCGUAGCCUCUGUUCAGUUCCUCCUGUAGAGCUGAAGGGAAGGAUGCUAUUAAUGGCUAUAUAGCCACACACUUACAGAGCCAAUGUAAUAUGGACAGUGCCAGCCCUGGAUCUACCCACCUGCUUGCAGGUGACUGUGAAGUCACUACAGGGGUCCACAUCUGGGGGCAUAUGUCUGCCACAGGCCAACACCCUAGGUGGAAUACAAGAAGACGGGGUGAUUUUGUUGCCAACUCUGGAAUUACAUUUUACUAAAGGAAAUAAGUUGUCAUAAGUAGGUAAACACUGGGGUUGCUCCAGGCAAAAUGGGAGAUUUGCUUUAAUAAAAUGACUGAGUUAGACAAGAAAGCAAAAGAAAUAAAGAAAAGGAGGAACCAAAGUCUAGUUAUUACAGUGGGCAUGAGGGUGAGGUAUGAUGGCUCAUACCUGCCUUCCUGCUAAAGCGGGAGGAUUACAAAUUCAAAGCCAGCCCAAGCUAUAUAUUGAGACUGUGUGUGUGUGUGUGUGUGUGCAUGUGCGUGCGCGCACUUGCAAGUAUUCUGGGCUCACUAUACUUUAGUUUCGUAUGUUAGGAAGCAUGAGUUUCUUUAAUUAUCUAUAACUGUUCAUCUCUAACAUUUAUAUCUGGUGCAUGCCAGGCGCAUGCUGACUCAACUCUAAUGUCUGUAAUCAUUCACGUUCACUGGCCUGUGCUAGCAUGAGUAAGAGCUGUGUGACAUGAGACAAAUUACUCAGCCCCUCUGUUCCUGAGUUGCCUUUAUCUCAUUAAAACUGGGAAAAGAAAUGGAGUCAUACAUGCAAAGUA